GCGCGAAUUAGUGCUUAACUGGCACUUCCAAGCCAAACCACUUUCGGACUAUAACGCGAGGCUCUCCUGCGCCUUCUGGGGCAGGGCUUGACCCUGAUCGGCAGCCCCCAUAGUAUCUCGCGCGGCUAACCAAACACAGACGAGUCGCUGACGGUUUCGGCCAUGUGAAAUCUCAGGGCAAGAUCAAGGUAAGAGGUCUAUAUAAGAGAACCACGACCUUAUGGUAUGUGCAGAAUAUCUCCAUCUGUACUCUACACUCCGAAGAAGCGCAUCUUAGUCUUUUAUCACACCUUGAAGUCGACUUCUUUGGCAGUUUCACCACCACUUGGCAGCUAUCUUCACUUCCACUUAAACACAACCUAAACUCGUCGGUCUACCCUACCAACAUGCCCCUCAUCACCGGCCUUGUCAAGGGCAUUGGCUCCGGCAUAGGUUUGGCCGCGGAGGCCAUUGCCGACCAUAAAGAGAGAAAACAGGCCAAAGAGCGAGGAGUGUCCCCGAACACUCCCGGCGACAGUCCGGUGUCCGAACAGUCUUACUCUUCGUCAGGCGACCUGUACGGCCCAGACACCGAGAAGCGAGGCCGCCAGCCGCGCGAGGCCGAAGACAAUCCCACCUCCCCAUACUAUCUAGAGGACGAUAAAGCCGAAUGGGCAUUAGAUGAGGCAGCCGCGGAUCUGCCGCCUCCCUCCUACGACGAUUCGGCCUCGUCCACUCCCGUAUCGGCCGACGAGGCGGCAAGGGCCUUUCUCAACAACCACGAAGUCGCUCCGACCCCUAACCAGAGUUAUCAGCCGCUUCCCUGCCCUGUCAUCCUCCCACAGCGUCGACCGAAAGACAAAUCGCGAGGGUUCAUCCGGGCCUACGCGCCUGUGCUUGGCGAAUGUUCCGGCAUCGACGAGAGAACAUUCAUCGACUUCCUGAACGACCUGGACCGAGCGUCGCGCGCCAGCCCAGUAUUCGACGUGAUCAACAUGGCGUGCGUGGGAGCCGGGUUUGUGCCGAGCCCAAUAGCCAUGGGCGUGUCGAUCGCAGUCCAAGCCGCCAGCCGCACGGCCCAGGAAGUCCAGUCGCGGUACCGCCGCAACACGUACCUCGACCAGAUCAACGAGACUCUGUUCAAGCCGCGCGGGCUCUACUGCAUGAUCAUGACCUUCAAGCCGGACAACCCGUACGAGCCCAUCAUGGGCAUGGACGUCCGCUCGCUCUCGACCUCGCCUGAGCACCAGGCCCUGCUCAAAGCCACAGCCGUUCCGGAGUCCGGCAUGUCCCGGCAAAUGAAGAAGGUCCGUCUCACAUCGGGCGUCAGCCAGGGCGAGCUAUCCCUUCCGCAGGCCGCGCCGCUGGUCUAUCCCGGUCUCGACGCGGGUCUAGCCAAACAAGAAGAGGCGGUCUCUCCUUCCCGCCUCAAGGGUCUCAAAGCCUCCGCGGGUUUCGUGUCUGACUACUUGGACCGCCGAGCCCAGGCCCGCUACGCCGGCACGAACCCGGACAGCAGGCUCGCUGUGGCUCCGCCUCCCGAGAAGAAAUUCGCCUCGCGUUUCUCGGACCCCAACCACCCGGCCAACUCGGGUACCAUCCUGGGUCUCGUGACCGGCGGCAAAUUCGAUCCAAAGGCCAAACGCCGUGGCCAGAGAGCCCAGGAGCUUGCUCGCGCCCAAGGCUAUGAGUUGAGCGAGGCCGAAAUCAGAAAUGCCGAGAUGGGCAGAGAGCCCCGGCGUCCGAAGAAGGGUCUCGUCGGCCGCAUUUUGCACAAGGAUAUUUUGUAUCUCACUGUGGUCAAUUUGCCUUCCGAGGCCGAGAUCAAGGACAUGUUGCAGCAGUUGGAGUGCGCCAAGCAAGCAAAUCGCUGGUGCUGAAAUACUCAAAGCUUUUCUCGGGUGUCACGGAAACGGAGAGCAGGUUAAGGCUGCCUGUUAAGUGGCAGGGAAAGGGGACCGGCGAAUCAGUGAGAGUUAACCAAACUCCUGACGUUGGUUGUCACUUGGAUUAUAUACCUUGGGCCCGGGGCGUUAUACAGAUGGGCUUCGGCUUCGGCGCUUUUUUGGUUACAUAUACCCGCGUCCACGUCUGCGUACGGGACGAUGCCACUAUAUUAGAAUUUAAGACUUGCUACUUUUUCUUCUAUAUUAUAGAAUGAACCACACAAGAAAGCACUUGGUGCUUCCGAUACCUACUGGUCUGUAGAACAGUC